UUUUAUACGGCCAAGAUGCCCGUAGUUAUCUCUUUAGAGCUUAUGUGUUGUGGAUAAACGAAUCUCGCACUAUUCGGCAUUUCAUUCAUCUACAAUUUCAAACAUCAAAAUAAUUUGCUGACAAUGGCUGAAGCUGGUCUUGAAAUGAAGAAACUCAAUUAUUCUGUGGAUAGCUGUUCCAGUUUUUCUGCUACGUACUUCCCUGAGAAUAUUAUGAAAGAUUUCCCUGCAGAUCAAGCAUCUAGGUGGUCUUCUGAUUCAAACAUACCUCCUCAGUUUAUACUGUUAAAGUUAGAGAGAGCAUCCUUAAUCGAAAGUAUCACCUUUGGUAAAUAUGAAAAAACCCAUGUUUGCAAUCUGAAAAAAUUCUGCAUAUAUGGGGGACUCCACCCAGAGAAUUUAGUUGAGCUAUUAAACAGUGGCCUGAAGAAUGAUAAUCAACCAGAGACAUUUUCCCUAAAGCACCUAGUUGAAGGGAAAAUGUUUCCCUGUCGGUUCAUUAAAAUAGUCCCUGUCCAGUCAUGGGGGCCCAGUUUCAAUUUUUCCAUUUGGUAUAUUGAAUUAGUGGGUACUCAAGACUGGGAUGCAGUGAAACCGUGCAUUCAAUGGUACAAUGCCUAUCGAGAGAGGGAGGCAAUCCGACUGUGCUUAAAACAUUUGAGACAAAAUCAGUGCCUCGAGGCGUUUGAAUGUCUGCAAAAAAGAACCAAAGUGCAACUUGAAGAUCCUUUGCUUAGUGAACUACACUGGGCUAUGGUUGUUAAGGGCGAUUACGAAGCAACCGAACAGCUGCUUCAACGGGCAGUGGAUAAUGGUCUGUUCGGACCGUACAUCCAUUCUCAGGAUUAUGUACCAGAAUGGUCCAGAAUUCUUCCGUGUAUUGACGAAGAUCCUUGCCACCGUCCUGGUAUGAGAGGUGGUCAUCAGAUGUGUAUCGAUACGAACACAGAGACCGUUUAUUUAUUUGGUGGCUGGGACGGUGUCCAGGAUCUUAACGACUUGUGGUCCUAUUCCGUUCCGAAUAAUACUUGGACGCUGCUGAGCAGUAACACUGAGGAAGAAGGUGGCCCUAGCGCCCGAUCGUGCCACAAAAUGUGUUUAGAUCAGGAUCAUCGUCAACUAUUUUGUUUGGGUCGCUACCUCGACAGUCAGCAUCGACAUAGCAACAAUCUCAAGAGUGAUUUUUACAUGUACGAUAUUGAACAAAGAAAAUGGCACCUUAUUUGUGAGGACACCGCUGCCGUCGGCGGUCCCAAACUCAUCUUCGACCACCAGAUGUGUUUAGACCCCGAGAAGAGAACGAUUUACGUCUUCGGUGGCAGGAUACUUAGUCCUGCGCCUGGCUAUCCGGAGGAGCGGGGUUUGGCCGUGGCCAGUAGCGGAGUGGCCGGAGCUUUCCUGUCUGAACCGCAGUUUUCCGGCCUCUAUGCGUAUCACAUACCUACCAGUACGUGGCGCUUAUUACGAGACGACCCUUCUGGUUCGCCAGGAUUGGGUCCCAUUGAAAUGCGUUCUAGGAUCGGACAUUCAAUGCUUUUUCAUCCGAGCGAACGCAAGCUAUUCAUCUUUGCAGGCCAGCGAAGUAAAGAGUAUUUGAACGACUUCUUUACUUAUAACGUGGAUACGGGUGAAGUGACGACUGUGACUGACGGGACAAGACGUCGUGACCCAGCACAAAUCCCAGCUGCUGGUUUUACUCAACGUGCCACCAUCGAUCAUGAGCUGAACGAAAUCUACAUCCUCUCUGGUCUCAGUAAAGACAAGGACAAGCGUGACGACAACGUCAAAAACUCGUUCUGGGUUUACAACAUCGUAGACAACAAAUGGACUUGUGUCUAUCGGAAUGAUAGUUCCCGUGACAAGGAGGCAGACAGCAAUAACAAAAUGCCUGGCGAGGAGCCUUGCCCGAGAUUCGCUCACCAGCUCGUGUAUGAUCACGUCAAAAAGGCACAUUACCUGUUUGGGGGGAAUCCUGGGCGGUCGAAUGAUCCCAAGAUGCGCCUGGACGAUUUCUGGUCUCUCCGCCUGUGCCGUCCAAGUCAGAGCCAGUUGUUGACUCGUUGUCAGUUUUUGAUCCGCAAAUGCCAGUUUCGCGAGUUGGCUGAAGCCGAUCCUAUAAGAGCUAUGUUUUAUCUACAAAACAAUCUCUCAGCUGUCGUGGAUCGUACAAGCGAUGAGCAAAUGGUAGAGUUCCAUCGACUGACCAAUCUUCUAUUCCGCACGGAGGAACAACAGGAAGAAGACGAAUUGUUGAGCGGAAAAGUCGACAAUGCUGAAUCAACUGUCAACAGCUCCUAUAGGCUGAGAUCCAGUGUUUUUGAUGCGCUAGCUCGAUUCUUUCCAGACUAUAUGGCUCAACCGAGAUUCAGUCUAACUGACUUUGUCGCGUUUGAUAAGGCUUGAUUUAACCAACCAGAUGCCUUUUCAAAUGAUAGCGCAGCUUAUCAUUUCAAUAACACUUGCCCGAAACGUGUUCCGAUCCCAGGUCUCCACUCAUACUUUACGUCAUGUGCAAAAUCUCUUUUAUCUAACCUGUUUGAGGGCUAAACGUGAUUUGGCUUGCUGUAAGGCGCUCAGAAUUGAUGAUUUUACAGUUAUGAUGUAGAAUAUUGUCCAACCGAUUAUCUGAUGAAGAUGUUUUGUUUGUACAAAUUAUAAAAUUGCCUUUACUUGAACAAGUUUCAGUUGUCCAA